GCUUACUUGUUUAAAAUACUAAAUAAGUUUUGGAUUGUAACUAUGGCUACUGAAACUGAAGCUAUUGACAAGGAAUGCUUAGUCCGGGUUGCAUUACGGAUUCGACCUCAAAAUUCAAGAGAACUCAUUGAUAUGUGUAGGGUUUGCACAUCUAUAACUCCUGGUGAACAGCAAAUAGUUUUAGGAUCCGACAAGGCUUUUACAUUUGAUUAUGUAUAUGGCAUGAACUCAAAUCAGUGUGAUAUUUACAACGAAUGUGUUGGGCGAUUAGUGGAUGGAACAUUACAUGGGUAUAACGCAACCGUCCUUGCAUAUGGACAAACUGGAUCAGGGAAAACCUACACUAUGGGAACCGGAUUUGACAAAGCAUCUGAUGACUAUCAACUUGGAAUUAUACCCCGUGCCAUACGACACAUAUUUGCAGGCAUAGACAGCUUGCGAUUCGAAAAUAAUGCAACUGACUCCGUUACAAAUUCGCAGUUUAGUGUAGCUGUUCAGUUUAUAGAACUUUACAACGAGGAUGUUGUUGAUCUUUUAGAUCCAUUUAAUAAAAAUACAUCAUUUAAAAUCCAUGAAAAUGAAAACGGACAAAUUACGGUAGCAGGUGCUACAGUCAAACCCAUACAUGAGCCUCAAGAAGCUUUAACAUUUCUCCAGCAAGGAGCUUUAGCACGCACAACAGCAUCAACAAAAAUGAAUGACUUGUCUUCUCGAUCACAUGCUGUAUUUACACUAUUUGUCCGUAGAAAACACAUUUUUGAGCCGAAGAUACAAAAUUCCGAUUGCCAAUUUGAAACCCUUACAUCCAAAUUUCAUUUUGUUGAUUUAGCCGGUUCAGAGCGUCUUAAAAGAACUUUAGCAACAGGUGAAAGAGCACGUGAGGGCAUCUCGAUAAAUUGCGGCCUACUUGCUCUUGGCAAUUGUAUCUCGGCGUUGGGUGACCGAUCUAAGAAAGUUUCCCAUGUGCCGUAUAGAGAUUCAAAGCUUACACGCCUCCUUCAAGAUUCUUUAGGAGGUAACAGUCAAACUCUUAUGAUAGCAUGCAUUUCACCAAGUGAUCGAGACUUUAUGGAAACACUGAAUACACUCAAGUACGCCAACCGAGCACGUAAUAUAAAAAAUAAGGUUCAAAUCAACCAGGAUCAAAGUUCGAGAACGAUUUCGUCGAUGCGUAGGGAAAUCGCAGCCUUACAGUUAGAACUUUUGGAAUACAAACAGGGGAAACGUGUGCUUGAUUCGCAAGGGAAUACAUCAAUUUCUGAUACAUUUCUUGAAAAUUCUAUGCUCAUGGCUGACAAUAAACGUAUGCAACAAAGGCUUAAGUCAAUGCAAGAAACUAUUGAAGUCUUAACUGAUCGAAACGCUGAGUUGAAGCUUGAGAAACAAACACAUGAAUGGUCAAUGGACAAGAACAUUGAUUUCGAAGUGAAAAUGUUGCUUGGAAGUUAUUUAAGGGACAUAGAAAAAUUACAGGCUAAAGUAAUUGAAACUGAGGAUAUGUGUCGACAAUUAAGGAAGUAUAAUUCAUCAGGUAACUCCCCACGUGCAAAUAAAAUGAUAUAUGAAGAUCAAAAUAAUAUUAUAAGCAUUGCAAAAAAGGGGUUGGAAAAAGAACGGGAAAUCUUAAUGUCGCGUUCAUUACCGGGACCAGCAAAUGAAAAUAGUGAUCUUGUGGAUAUUGAGUCAUCCGAUAGUGAAUGUGAAUUAAACGGUAAUUGUAAAAGAGUUGCAAUGGAAGCCGAUUUAAAUGAUAUUAAUUCAGAUAUUGAAAUAAAAACAAAAUUAAUAGAACAACUUGAGUUGUCACAAGAGAGAAUGCAAAUUAUGCGUCAGCACUAUGAAGAAAAGCUUACAGUAUUGUCAUCUAAAAUAUUUAGCACACAAAAGGAGCGUGAUGAAGUUUUAGCAAACAUGGUUUCUGGAACAUCAAGCUUAGCAAAAAACAAUUUAAAGUCUGUAAAGAUGGAAUAUGAACGAAAGCUGAACGAAAUGAAUCGUGAACUAAAAAGGUUACAACAGACACAAAAAGAACAUAUACGUCAGCAAAAAAAUUUGAAAGCUCAAGAAAUCAAGCUGCAAAAUCUUCGAAUGGAACUAAAUGAAUUAAAAUGUAGUAAGGUUAAGCUAAUGAAAAAAAUUUCAGAGCAAUCAAAUCGGCACAAGGAGGAGAAUACAAAAAAAGCGAGAGAAAUCGCUCAAUUGCGUAAAGAGCAACGAAGGCAAAAAUGUACAGUUAUGUCUUUGCAAGCAAAAAUGAAUGCGAAAGAGCAGAUCUUAAAAAGGAAAUCUGAAGAAGUUUCCGCACUUCGUAAAAGCCAACGUAGUGGAUUUUUGAGUCAAAGAUUUACUAGAUCGUUACCUUCGAAAACUGUAUCUUCACAGUAUAAGUGGGAGUCUUUAUCACGUUCUAUAAUUCACUCAGCAAGGAAUAAACAAUUACUCGUCCAGCUAGAAUCAGAACUAGAGCGCCUUGUUAAAGAACGAGAACAGUUAAGUCAUGAAUUGAAAGAAAUUCACGGUCCCUUAAGUGCGGAUAAAGCAUCUGAAUUUCAAAGCGAAGAAGAUAAUGUAAAAACAAACUUGGGAUAUAUCCAAGAAAACAUACAACAUGUUCAAAAAGCAAUUAUGGAAUUUGAAGACGGCAAGGAACCUACGAAUAGUAAUCCAUAUAAAAUACAAGGAAUAUUAGAGUCAACUAACACCAUAGAGGAGGCGAAAUUUCUACUUCAGAAGUUGGCAGACAAUGCUGUUUUUAUGACAUGCAAUUCAUCUAUGCUCGAAAGUCGAUUUCAAGAACAAGAAGCUUUAUUAAAAGAAGCUCAACAUGAAAGUGGCAUACAACAACAGUUGCUACAAUACUUUCUUUCGAACAAUACGAAUGUGCAAAUAUCGGACUUAUUUGACUCAUUAAACAUUAAUGAUCAGUUUAAUGUAAAUAAUCUAACACGAAGUUGCUCACAAAAAUCGUUAAUAAGUAAUGGGACUUAUGAUAUACCUCAAGAAGACUUACCAGAGUUUUCUGGCUUAGAUCAUCAGCUACUUCAACACCGAAGUGUAUCACCCAGUACAAAUAUGGAAAGCUCUUCUGACAAGAGCCCAAAGGUUCGCCGACGAACAGCGAGACGACAUGAUCUUCUCUUCGGAGAACCAAAUUUGACCAGUACCGCAUUUAAGCCCAAUGAACCAAGUUUAUUAAAACGCCUGGAAAUUACUCAAACCUCUUUGCAGUAAAUCAAAUCUGACGAAAAGAAAUAUUAAUUUUUGUUAUACAAAAUAUAAAAAAAA